ACGUUUACACCCUCCUCAUUAAUUUGUCUGCUUUCACAAGAGCACAGUCACAAGAGUUCCUGAAGCUCAUCAUCGGAAUUUGACGGCUCCUGUAAACUGAGAUAUUUAGAGCAAUGGAGAGAAAAGAAGAUUUGGACAAAUGCGCGAGAAAAUUAGAGAAGGAUAUUCAGAAUAUAGGGAAUUAUAAGAGUCUUUACAAUAAAAUUCAGAAACUAGUUGCCUCUCCAGCUGUGAAAAACGAAGAUUUCAAAAAGGCAUUGCUUGACGCUUUGCAAUCCAACUGUCUAGAAACUGAACUUAGGAACACGAUGUUUCAUUGGUCCCGAUCUGAGGGGCCUUUGCAGCCAAAGGAAAAACCUCCGAUUGCAGAUGCUGAUUUAAGUUAUUUAAAAAAAGCUCAAGUACAAUGGGAACGACGGAUACAAAAAUCUUUGAACUCUAUGUGCAAUGAACUUAAUGUUCCUUUGGCUCGAAUUCGACCCAAUUCCGAAAAAGAAGAUUUAUCUGAUAAAUGGGAAGAACUAAGCACAUAUGACAUAGAUUUGUCUCAAUACAGACCAUUGUAUGCUCCUAAAGAUUUUCUGGAAGUAUUGUUUUCUGUUAGGGAUCCAUCUUUCAGAAAACAACAGAAUGAACCAAACUGGGAGUUUAGUCAUAUACAGAUCCGAGUUAAAACUUUGGCUGAGUUGAGAUCUACGUACGUCGAAUUGUCGGAAGGAGCACCAUUAUUAGGUGUCAAUCCCAAUAUGGCAUCUGUAGGAGGUUUUCCAAGUUUGGAGGCUGAAAGGACACAUUUGGGAGAACAAGUAUUGAAAUCAAAUCAAUCACUACUUUCUCAAGAGUUUUUGAAACUUGGCUCACCUAUAGCUCUGAGAGGACAGCUUUGGUCUCUUGUAUUGGGUUCGAUCGUCAAAGCAAAUGACAUUGAAUACUAUAAAGAAUUAAAAGGAAUUGUGUCACAGUACGACAUAAUGGUAGACAAAUUAAUAAUCAAGGUAUGAAAAAAAAUUAUCUGACGAAUAAAUUAAGUGGUAU